AUGGUGCCCUUUUACACCUUCGAUGAGUUGAGCUCCUCCACUUGGACUUCUUUUCUUGAUAUCACUCCAUCACAUAAGCCUUCCCUAGGCAUGAGGAACGUCCACUCGGCAAUCCUCACAUAUCUAUUGUGCUUGGUGCUUCAUUGCGUUGCAGAGUCAGGCCAAGGACCUGAGACGGCCGUUGGUCCGCCUUCAACUCCAACAUUCGCAGAUUCGAAUACGGCACGAGCAAGCUCUCCCCCCACGGUCUCACCCAUUACCAGUCCCAUAACACAAGCAACGACCUUUGCCUCUGUUGUUCCAUAUUCGACUCUCAGCUCCUCUGAGCUGUCAUACUCUUCACCAAUACCAACCUCUUCAACACUUCAAGCUGUCACUCAAGCUGUCACUGAUGGCUUUGGGUACACCUCGACUUCCAGUCCUAUUCCUUCUACAUCAAUGGCGACUUCCAUCUCGCCGGACUCAGGAAGCAACAGCAACAGCCACAGGAAUUUGGUUAUUAUCUUAUCUGCGGUGCUUGGUUUUGUCGGGAUCCUCCUCAUCACAGGUGCAAUACUUCUUAUAACCCGAUAUCUGAGAAAUCAAUCUCCAUUUGCUCAUAGGGGAGCAUCACCAAUCAACGAUGAAGAGAUUGCUUCUUGGCGUGGAACCAGUUCCGAGCAAAAGCAAGCAGUUCCGUAUUCAACCCAGCCGUCAGUCACACAUGAUGCAAACACAGUAGGACUUGCACAAACCCCUGGAUGGAUAUGGCCAACUUCAACUUCUGCCGUACAACCGGCAACGCCCAACCCGGCGUCGAUCGUCCCCGAUACGCCAUCUUUCCUGGCCAAAGCGCCAAACGCCAGAGCAGGCCUCACCGAUGAAACAGUGCCAGGGGCCGUUCCUUUCAUACCGCCUAUAAAGAGACAGAGUAGUCGUCUAUCUAAAGCUCCUCGUGGCCAUGCUAGAUCGAAGAGUAGACGAAGUAGUUUGAGUGCGAAAAGCAUGUGGAGUUAUAAGGAGCCAAGUAUGGAGAUGAAACGCAAAGAAACAACUCCGACUUGGUUCGAUCCAGAGGACGAUCACAAUACUGGCAGAGAGUUGAGGGAUAUUGAUACCUCCAACGAUUCGCCUGGUACAUCCAUAUUUGAUGGGCUGUCGGCUGGCGGACUCUCACCGAGACCAAAAUCACGCUCAAGGCUACGGGAAGCAGAAAAGGAAAAUGAACACGGCAGAACUCUAGCCUAG